AUGACGAUGAAGAGAUGCAUCAUUCCUAGCAUCCUGCUGAUGCUCGCACUUGAGGUCGCCGGCCGCCCCUCCGCUGUUGCCGUCACCAGCGACGAGGGUACCAUUCUCCUGCCGAGCGAAGGCAAAGAGCAAGUAGGAACGGCGGCGGCUUCCAGGCCAUGGGAUUGCUGCGACAACACCAUAUGCACCAGGUCCUUGCCGCCUAUCUGCAUCUGUCUGGACGAGGUCGACGAGUGCGCCUCCACCUGCAUGGACUGCGUGCCGUCCGUCUCAAACCCCUUCCGCCGCGUCUGCGGAGACCAGUACUUCGGCGACCCCGGGCCCAAGUGCACCGAGGCCGCCGGCAGCGGCGGUAAUAACUAG